UUUUUUUUGUUUAGGUGCAAAAGCAUAAUGGCGGGCAACAGUUUGGUGCUGCCGAUUGUGCUGUGGGGACGCAAAGCCCCCACUCACUGUGUAUCUGCUGUUCUAUUAAUGGAUGACGUGUCAAUGAUUGUAACUGGUUGUCAUGAUGGGCAGAUAUGUCUCUGGGACCUUUCGUCAGAUCUUGAAAUAAAUCCCAGAGCUCUCUUGUUUGGUCACACAGCUUCAGUUACUUGUUUAUCUAAAGCCAGCUCUUCCAGCGAAAAACAGUAUAUAGUGAGUGCAUCAGAAAGUGGGGAGAUGUGCCUCUGGGAUGUGAAUGAUGGAAGAUGCAUUGAAUAUACUAAAUUAGCCUGCACACACACUGGCAUACAGUUCUACCAGUUUACAGUUGGAACCCAGCGUGAAGGCAGGCUGCUCUGUCAUGGCCAUUACCCAGAAAUUCUUGUUGUGGAUGCUACCAGCCUUGAAGUUCUUUAUUCCUUGGUGUCAAAGAUCUCUCCCGACUGGAUCAGCUCUAUGAGCAUUAUUCGCUCUCAUAGAACACAAGAGGACACGGUUGUAGCGGUGUCGGUGACUGGCAUUCUUAAAGUAUGGAUAGUAACGUCUGAAGUGAGUCACAUGCAGGAUACGGAACCUAUCUUUGAGGAGGAGUCAAAACCGAUUUACUGCCAGAACUGCCAAAGCAUUUCUUUCUGCGCGUUUACCCAAAGAUCGCUUUUGGUGGUGUGCUCCAAAUACUGGAGGGUGUUUGAUGCUGGAGAUUAUUCCCUGUUAUGCUCAGUCCCCGGUGAGAACGGGCAGACCUGGACGGGAGGUGAUUUUGUAUCAGCAGACAAAGUGAUCAUAUGGACCGAAGAUGGCCAGAGUUUUAUAUACAAACUGCCUGCCAGUUGCUUGCCGGCGAGCGAUACCUUUCGCAGCGAUGUUGGGAAAGUCGUCGAGAAUCUAAACCCUCCUCAGCUCCAUUGUGUUGUUGUGGAUGUGGUGAUGAAAUCGGAUAAACAGCUGUUAAUCUGCCCUCCUGUUACUCGGUUCUUCUAUGGCCGCAGGGAGUGCUUCCACAAACUGCUUAUCCAGGGAGACUCAUCAGGCCGGCUCAGCAUUUGGAGUGUACCAGAUAUGUUUGACCAGCAAGACGUGACAGAAGGGUUAAAAAUAACAACCUCCACUUCGCUGCAAGAAGCAUUCAGCAAACUUGUUCCCCGCCCUGCCGGAAUUAUCGAUCAGCUGAGCUUCAUGCCACACAGCGAUGAGCCGCUUAAAGUGACAGCCAGCGUUUACAUCCCAGCACACGGUCGCUUGGUUUGUGGUCGUGAAGAUGGAAGCAUUGUUAUCGUACCAGCAACUCAAACUGCUGUAGUUCAGCUCUUGCAAGAUGAACAUAUGCGCAGAAGAGGUUGGCCACCCCAUAGAACUCUGCGGGGUCAUCGGAACAAAGUCACGUGUUUGCUGUAUCCUCACCAGGUCUCCUCUCGCUACGACCAAAGAUACUUGGUCUCUGGCGGUGUAGACUUUUCCGUCAUUAUCUGGGACAUCUUUUCUGGGGAAAUGAAACAUAUCUUCUGUGUUCACGGCGGAGAAAUUACCCAACUUUUAGUCCCGCCAGAAAAUUGCAGCUCACGAGUUCAGCACUGUGUAUGCUCUGUGGCCAGUGACCACUCGGUAGGACUUCUGAGUUUACGAGAGAAGAAAUGCAUCAUGCUAGCUUCCCGGCAUCUGUUCCCAGUUCAAGUGAUAAAAUGGAGGCCGUCUGAUGACUAUCUAGUGGUUGGAUGUUCCGAUGGAUCUGUGUACGUCUGGCAGAUGGAUACCGGUGCGCUCGACCGCUGUGUAAUGGGGAUAACAGCUGUUGAGAUCUUGAACGCUUGCGACGAGGCUGUGCCUGCUGCUGUGGAUUCCCUUAGCCACCCUGCUGUGAACUUAAAACAGGCCAUGACCAGGCGAAGCCUGGCUGCUUUGAAAAACAUGGCCCAUCAGAAACUGCAGACCCUUGCCACCAAUCUCUUGGCUUCGGAUUCAUCCGACAAAGGAAACUUGCCUAAAUACUCACACAAUUCUCUGAUGGUCCAAGCCCUCAAGACUAACUUAACAGACCCAGAUAUCCACGUGCUCUUCUUUGAUGUGGAAGCUCUGAUUAUUCAGCUACUAACUGAAGAAGCCUCCAGGCCUAACACAGCCCUUAUUUCCCCGGAGAAUUUGCAGAAAGCAUCUGGCAGUUCUGACAAAGGAGGUUCCUUCCUGGCUGGCAAACGAGCAGCAGUCCUGUUCCAGCAGGUCAAGGAAACAAUCAAAGAAAACAUAAAAGAACAUCUUCUUGACGAGGACGAGGAAGACGAGGAAGCCAGGCAGAGGAGAGAAGACGGCGACCCAGAGUAUCGGUCCAGCAAAUCUAAACCAUUAACUCUUUUAGAAUAUAACCUAACCAUGGACACAGCUAAGCUGUUUAUGUCAUGCCUUCAUGCCUGGGGCUUGAACGGUGUUCUAGAUGAGCUGUGCAGUGAACGCCUGGGGAUGCUAAAGCCACACUGUUCUGUAUCAUUUGGCUUGAUCUCAAGAGGAGGUCACAUGUCUCUGAUGCUUCCCGGAUACAAUCAACCUAUAGGCAAGGUACCCUCUAUUGAUGCAGAUGUAGGAAAGACUGUGUCCCUCACGGAAGGGCACAUCAGGGGUACAUACGGCAUAUCACGAGCAGUAACCACUCAGCACCUCCUCUCCAUUAUUUCCUUGGCAAACACCUUGAUGAGUAUGACGAAUGCGACGUUUAUUGGUGAUCAUAUGAAGAAGGGACCAGUCAGACCUCCUAGGCCAGGGACUCCUGAGCUCGCUAAAGUGAAGGUGCCUGUACCACCUGCCAGUCCAGCAUCUCAAGGGCUGAUUAAACAAGUUGCUCCCGCUGUUUCUGCUAGCACUGAAGCUGAUCACUUUGGCUCUGACUCUGCUCCUCCUUUACAUACCUGUUUCUUAGUAAAUGAAGGAUGGAGUCAGCUUGCUGCGAUGCACUGCGUUAUGCUUCCUGACUUGCUGGGCCUGGAUAAAUUUAGACCGCCUCUCCUUGAAAUGUUGGCUCGCAGAUGGCAGGAUCGAUGCUUGGAGGUGAGAGAAGCUGCCCAGGCCUUGCUGUUAGCAGAACUGAGAAGGAUUGAACAGGCAGGCAGGAAGGAAACCAUUGAUCUAUGGGCUCCUUACUUACCUCAAUACAUGGACAGCGUUAUAUCACCUGGAGUGACCACAGAAGCCAUUCAGACUGCCACUGCUAGUCCAGAGCCAUCAGGGACAGAAACCAAAAUUCAAGAAGAAGAGCACGAUCUGGUAGAUGAUGACAUCUCUGCGGGUUCUCUUUCUGGAUUUCCACAAAUGAAGAAGAUAUCUAUGUCUUAUGAAGAAAGGCGCAAACAAGCUACCGCUAUUGUUCUGCUAGGAGUAAUUGGAGCAGAGUUUGGAGCUGAAAUUGAACCUCCUAAAUUGCUGACCAGGCCGCGCAGUUCUAGCCAGAUUCCGGAAGGCUUUGGCUCAACUAGCGGUGGAUCAAACUAUUCUUUGGCCAGGCACACUUGCAAGGCUUUGACGUAUCUUCUGCUCCAGCCUCCCAGCCCCAAACUUCCUCCACACAGCACCAUCAGGAGAACCGCCAUUGAUCUCAUAGGACGAGGGUUUACCGUGUGGGAGCCUUAUAUGGACGUGUCCGCUGUGUUGAUGGGCCUGUUGGAGCUCUGUGCAGAUGCUGAGAAACAGCUUGCCAACAUCACAAUGGGGCUGCCUCUGAGUCCAGCAGCUGACUCCGCCCGCUCCGCCCGACACGCUCUCUCGCUCAUUGCCACGGCUAGGCCACCCGCCUUCAUAACAACCAUCGCCAAGGAGGUACACCGGCACACGGCUCUUCAAGCGAACACUCAGUCUCAGCAGAACGUUCACACCACGACGUUGGCUCGGGCCAAGGGAGAGAUUCUAAGGAUCAUUGAAAUACUUAUUGAAAAGAUGCCCACCGAUGUCGCAGAGCUCAUUGUGGAGGUUAUGGACAUCCUAAUGUACUGUCUGGAAGGUUCGCUAGUCAAGAAGAAAGGUCUUCAAGAAUGCUUUCCAGCCAUCUGCAGGUUCUACAUGGUCAGCUAUUAUGAGCGGAGUCACCGCAUAGCAGUUGGAUCUCGCUUGGGUUCAGUGGCCCUCUACGACAUCCGGACUGGGAAAUGUCAGACCAUCCAUGGCCACCAAGGGCCCAUCACAGCCGUGGCAUUUGCGCCUGAUGGACGGUAUCUUGCCACUUACUCGAACAAAGACAGUCACAUCUCCUUUUGGCAGAUGAACACCUCUCUUUUGGGAAGCAUCGGGAUGCUGAAUUCUGCCCCGCAGCUUCGCUGUAUCAAGACGUACCAAGUGCCCCCGGUCCAAACGGCAUCGCCAGGCACCCACAAUGCUCUCAAACUGGCCAGGCUCAUCUGGACUUCCAACCGGAACGUUAUCCUUAUGGCUCACGAUGGCAAAGAACAUCGGUUUGUGGUGUAGGGUGGGCAGGAGUUCUUUCUCUAAAUACAGUUUUUCUUUUUUUAAACUCCCUGGUAAUGUUCUCCCCCACUCUGUGAACUUAACCCUUGGAGGGUUCCAUGCUGGUGGCCCAGCGGCAGGUUUAUUCUGCUUGGUUCUCUGGAACAAAGCCCUGCCUGAAGCCACCUGCUGAGCUGGAGGUAUACAUGUACUAACUCAGCAGCCCAUGGCAAUAACACCAGCAUGUUAGAGGGGUACGUGUUGCGUAUGUCUGUGUUUUAAAUCUACAGAUAGAUCAGUAAAAGAGAGGAUCUUCAGUAUACUGUGGCCUUAUGAGUUGCGGCUUCAUCUGGAAGACCUUAAUUUGGCAUUUUUAAAAAAAUCAAAUCACAAGAUGGAAACUGGGCUGAGUCUUAAUCUCAAUAAGAAAAGCUGAAAAUCCACAAAAUUUAAUUUUUUUUUUUAAAAAAAGUUAUUUAAAAUGUUGAUGUUUACUGCAAAGAUUUUAUGUUUACAUUGAUGUUCUUCCAGCAGCUGUUGGAGGAAGGCUGGCUUUGGGGGUUUUGGGCCACUCUCCAAACCUCUUGGGGACCCACAAUGUGCACAUGCAGCUCUGCGGAUGGAGCUCUCUUUGCUUUCUCAGCUUACAGAGGAGAACCCGAUUUCUUCUCCAACCCCAGGUGCUCCAAUGUGCACACUGCACAUGCCAGUUCACAGCAUUAAAAGGUUGCGCCUGUCAGACUUGGGAGUUCACGAGAGAACAGAUAAGAGAAUUUUUCUACUUGCUUUGAGAAUAUCCUCAUAUACAUUCUUGAGUGAUUUGCGAAUGGCGGUACUCUUUAAUGAAUGAAGAAAAAAAUUAUGGAUUUUAGGAAGCGGGGGGGAUUAUGUCAACGUCGAAUUUUAGAAUAUGAAAGUUAGCAAAGAAAAGUUAGAGAAAAACAAUGUGAAUAUCCAUAUUUUCUGGGAAUGCUAAUAUAGUUGUAUCCAAGGCUUGUUCUUUCUCCCCCUGCACUGGAUUUGGCAGGGGCACAAGGACUCUUCACGUUUUAGAAGACUGGCUUGGUUUUUGUCUUGUUUUGUCGCUAUGUGAAACCAAUCAUGAAAUUGCCCAUUUUCGACAUUUUGAUUGCAUUAAAGAACAGAAAUGUAAGAGUUUGGAAACAUGCGGUGACACAAAGAUGGUAAUUAUUGCAAGAAACAUAAAAGAAGUUAACUAGAAUCCUGCUUGAAUAUUUUUGCGCAUUUUGUUUAUGAAGAUCCCAUUGUAACAGCUGACAUUCACAUAUAACCCCCCACCCCACCCCGUGUCUUGCAUAUUUAUUUUUGUGUGUUGAUGACCCGGACAGGAGAGAGAAAAACUAUGUAGAAGAUUUUUUUUUUAAUCAUUGGUGUGUGUGCAUGCAUUUUCAGUGCUUCUAGCUUGCAUUCUCUUUGCCUUGGAAAACUAGGGAUGCCAUUUUCCAGGAGGGACCCAAACAAACACCGGAACUGCAGUCUAGAUUAAGAAAAACACUGUUACAAAAACUGUAUACUCAAAUUAUACACUCAGUUGAAUUCCACUUAUUUAUCGCUUGUGUUAUUGACAUUCCACAACUCUGUGUAACACAACUCAAACAUAAAUGAUUUUUACUACAUAAGAAACAAAGUCUUUGGCAUCCACAUUAGCACUGCACUUCCUGGUUGCUGUUAGAUGAACACUGACUCAGAAGUAGACACAAUUCAGACCUGGCUUGAAUGAUGGAAGCGGCAGUUCCUGAAGCCAAAAAUCUUUUACCACCAAUAGAUAAACAGGACUAUGCUCAUAGCCUUGCGAACUUCGUUGACUGAACAAAGAGGGUUGGCUACAUGAUUUCCUGGAUGCAAUCAUGUUUCGAUGAAUAAACAGUACUUCUUCUGGCCACCCGACUUACCACAGAACCUGUGCUCACAAUUAUUCACUAUAGAAAUAACUCCAAAUACUUCGCAAGGCACCAGUUCUCGCUCAGGAGGGGACAGGGAAUCCCUCGGUUUUUGGGGCUCCACCCAGACACCAACCAGCUGGCCAGUGGGGGGAAGCCCCACCCCCAACAGUAAUCCAUGGCCCCACUUGAAAAGAGCAGGUGCUGUGCACACCUGCCCCACAACCAGCGAAUUUGUGGCGUGCAGAGCAGGUGCAGUGAGGUGCCCGCUUUUUCUCCCAACCGUUUAAAGGGAAGGUUCCCUUAAAAUGGUUGGGGGAAAGCAAGGGGGCAUGCACACAUGGUGCUGCAUCCCUGAUGUGAUGCUGUCACUCUGCACAACAUCAUUACGUCGGCAAUGGCCCACCCCCUCCUGCAAUGCCCCCCAAAUCCCCUUGCCAAGGAGAAGAUGGGACCUGGCUACCCUAUGGAAAACAUGGAGAAAGAAUGCUCUUAGUAAACACAGACCUAUUUGACAAAAGUGGAGUCUGUAGAAAAAUCCAGACUAGACUCUAAAUGAAUAAAUAAAAUGAAAAAUGAUAAGUUCUUAAUGUAAAACAUGAUUCUUUUGUCCCCCUUGAAAUGAAUGAAAGUUGUUUUGGGAGUAGUGUAGAAUCCUUUUCCUACUUCAGUAGGCCAAAAAACGGAGUUCAAGUUGAUAAUCUGUUUUAAUACACUGAACUUGUAACAAAGAUUGCACAGGCCACAGUCAACCUAUCUGCUUGAGAUUGUAAAAGCACAGCAAGAAAUUAAAGACCACUAGGAAAGUUUAUCUCAUUACUGCUGUAAAUUUGUAUCCUUUUUAACUAUGGCAAAGCUAAAAUAUUGUAUGUUCAGUGGUGGUUUUAAAAAAAAUCAGUCACGGGAUGUAGAUGUUUUGAAGUGAAUCUAUGCAAUGUGCAUUGUACGUAUCGAAAGCUGACUGUGGGAUCUGGAAAAGGCAUAGAAACACACAGAGAACACGGACACUUUGCAGAAUCGAACAAUGUUUCUAGCAUUUCGUUUGAGUGUGGAUAAUGGAAUGUUAACUUCGGUUUUUUUCCCCAUGGAGAUUCCAAAGGAAUAUUUACUUCCGCUGAAGACUUUUCUUUGUUCAUCUGUUCCCGUGAUCGCAGUGUGGGGUCCUGAUUCUUACAUGGUGCUGUAUAUAAUCAGGGAGGCAGUCGCAUCUCUUCAGUCUCGACUAAAUGCCUUCUCACGCAAUGGGACUUGGUGCAGAACACUGAAGAAAAUUGAAUGGGCUUUCAUGAAGUUCCACGUAGGGCAACCGGACGGAAGUACACAUUAAAGUAAACACAGGGUAGUCCCUGAAAAUGGCAUUCCCCGUGUCAGGUUUUCUCCCUCCUCCUUUGUAACCUCUAAUAAAACUUAGCUGUGCCCUGAUGUCAUAACGUUGUGUAUUUUUCCCACCAGCGGGGCAGCUAAUGAUGUUGGGCUGGGCAGGGGCAAGGAAAUGUAUGACAUUAGGACACAAGCAGGAUUUACCGAGUAGGGAAAGGGAGGAAAGACAGUGGCAGGGGUUGCCAUUUUAGCCAGCAGCCUUUGUGCGUGUUGUGAUGUGUAGUUCCAUUGUCUGCACGUAUCGGAGAUGGUGUACUCUGCUGAAUGUGUGGGAGCACUGGGCAGGUUUGCACUCAGCUGCUGUUCGUUUCAGUAGGCCUGUACAUGCAUCACUUUAAAAAAGAAAAAGAAAAGAAGCACUAAUGCACAGCAACUAUGCUCAGUGAGUGGCCUCCACGACUUUUUUUUUUUAAACGGGCUGCUUCAACGUAUGUUGCUAAAUUCAAAUUUGCAAAAAUCCAAAAUGAAAUACAUCUGCUUUCAUUAGCAAAAAGUUAUAUUCUAGCUGUGCAGGAUCUACACGGAUUAUGUCUUCCGCAGAUACCUAACACAUGACGUGUUACUGUCAGUUAAAAAUAUAUAUAUAUAUCCAGGGCUUCUAGCCCAACGAGAAAGAAAGCCUGUGGACAAGAGUAAUUUAAACAGGAGAAUCAAUAUUCACAUGCUAGCGACUGCAACAAUCCACCUGCACGGGGACUCCGCACUGGAGCAGACAGUAGCUGCACUGUGCUUUGUGGGUAGUUGCCUUCCAAGUCGUAAUUCCCCUAACCUCCACAUACGCAAAUCUGCACUUGAGUGACUUUCUCAACCCUUGCUGCACAAACUCCACCCCACAGCUUAGAUCUUUCAGCACUUGUAGUAAAAAUUGUAUUGUCAUCCCAGUGUAAGCUUUUAGUGUUCUAUUGAUUUGUUUAGUACUGUAUUUGGAUUUGUCCUUGUAAAUGUAGAGGCGUGCGUGGCUUCAUUGGCAGUUUACAAGCAAAAAGAUGACAUGAUGAGACACCUGUAUGAAAAUGUUGUCGCGGCUCAAGUCGCAGUGUUACGGUACCUGAUUAAAAUGCCCUGCCUCGAGAAGCUCUUUGGCAAUUCCGCAUAUUGGCUGCUGCAUGUACCAAAUGGCCCUUAUGUAGAUAAUGUGUGUGAAAUAAAAUACUAAAUCGGAUUGAA